GGCUACGUUGGAGAUUUUUUUUGAUUGUCAUAGGUUCAACUCAGACCGCAACACGCAUUGACUUUUAUAGGAGCGGAGCUGAGAGGUGGUAGAAAGAGACAGAGGAUGGUGCUACAGACGUCUGAUCUGAUCAAGAACGAGCUUCCCGUUGAGCAGGAAUCCCUGAUUCUUUCUGAAGAUGUCGUGACUGGUCUUGUUCUCGUCGAUAUCAUUAAUGGUUUCUGCACUGUUGGAGCUGGGAAUCUGGCCCCAACAGAGCCCAACAAUCAGAUAUCCAUGAUGGUCGAGGAAGCAGUGAAGUUGGCCGAAGUGUUCUGUGAGAAAAAAUGGCCUGUUCUGGCUUUCCUUGAUUCUCAUCAUCCUGAUAAACCCGAACAUCCAUACCCUAUUCAUUGUUUGACUGGAACAGAAGAAUCAAAUCUGGUCCCAGCCCUGCAAUGGUUAGAGAAUAAACCAAAUGUAACAAUUAGACGCAAGGAUUGCAUUGAUGGGUUUAUUGGUUCAUUUGAGAAAGACGGCUCAAACGUCUUUGUAGAUUGGGUAGCAACCAACAAUAUCAAAGUUAUACUGGUUGUAGGGAUAUGCACAGAUAUCUGUGUGCUAGCUUUUGUUGACUCUGCGUUAUCUGCGAGGAAUCAUGGUCUUCUCCCCCCUCUAGAGGAUGUGGUGGUGUAUUCCCGUGGUUGUGCAACAUUUGAUAUUCCAUCUCAUGUUGCAAAAAACAACAAAGAAGUUGUAGCUCAUCCACAGGAGUUAACACAUCACAUAGGCCUAUACAUUGCCAAGGGAAGGGGAGCCAAGAUUGUGGAUGAAGUGUCAUUUAAGUCCAACGAAGGAGCCAUGAUGUGCUUCCAAGUUUAGCUGCUUUUAAGUCUAUCCCAGUAUCCAUGGGAUGAGUACUGUAAAAUCUAAGGAGAUCCAUGUUAAAUAAUCUUUUGGGUUGAGUUGCCCAAAAGAAUGUAUAUAAAAUGCAUGGUUGGCAAGUUCUUAUAAGAGCAAAGUACAUGUAUUCUGAUGCUAAAACUGUAAAGAGUCUAAUGGCUGGCCCUUUGGUUAGCAAUUCAGACCAGUGAUAGACAUAUAUUUUAUUGAUAAAAGGUUCUGUAUGUGAUUAGCUUGUGGUUUAUGACAACACCUACAUUUCCUGCCUAGUGUAGAUCAUUGUUCAUCUUGUAUCUACAUAUAAACUGAGUCCAGCAUAUUGAGAACUUAAAAUGAAGGCAUCUCUCCUACUCUCA